GGACAAGGAACUGGAAAAAUUUGGUUGGAUGAUGUGAACUGUGCAGGAUCUGAAAUUGCCCUUGCUGAGUGCCGAGUCAAGCCUUGGGGAGAUCACAACUGUAACCAUGGAGAGGAUGCUGGUGUGGUGUGCUCAGGUAUUACAGAACCAGCUCCCAUCCGGCUUGUGAACGGCCCGAAUCUCUGCACUGGGAGAGUCGAGGUGUUUCAUGACCAUCAGUGGGGAACCGUGUGUGAUGACGGCUGGGAUAAAGCAGAAGCCAAUGUUGUGUGCAGGCAGCUGGGCUGUGGGGCAGCAAUAUCAGCCCCUGGCUCAGCUCACUUUGGACAGGGGUCUGGCCCCAUCUGGCUGGACGAUGUCAGUUGUGUAGGGACAGAGGCUGCCCUCUCGCAGUGCCAGUUCCAGACCUGGGGAUCCCAUAACUGCAAACACAGAGAAGAUGCUGGUGUGGUGUGCUCAGGCACUGCAGAAGCAGCUCCUCUCCGGCUGGUGAACGGCCCCAGUCGUUGUGCUGGGAGAGUUGAGGUGCUUCUUGGCCAGCAGUGGGGAACAGUGUGCGAUGAUAGCUGGGGCCUGAGUGAUGCUGCAGUUGUGUGCAAGCAGCUGGGCUGUGGGACAGCCAUGUCAGCCCCAGGAUCUGCUUAUUUUGGGCAAGGCUUUGGCCGUAUCUGGCUGGAUGAUGUGCGGUGCUCCAGCAGUGAAUCAGCGCUCUCUGAAUGUGCAGCAAGGCCUUGGGGAGUCCAUAACUGCAACCAUGGAGAAGAUGCAGGCGUCGUCUGCUCCGGUGGGAUCUAAACAUUGCAGAUGUUCUAGAGUGGAGAAGAGAGAUGGCAUUGCUGGCAAACGUGUAUGAAACUUUUUCAACCCAAACAGAGGACAUCUUUGGAGGACAGAGUGCACCCAGUACAGAAGCCAAUCACGACACUCAGAUCUAUCUCACUGAAUUGUAAGCACCAAGCUGAUGUGCCCAAAUCAGAAGCGUGAUGGUCCCCUUCAGCUAACGAAGACAGGCUUUUGAACAGAUGUCCUAUGAGCAUUUCAAUGUCCGUCUUUCCCUUCAGAUCCUUCCCCAACUUCAUAGCCCACCUUUAGGCACACUCUAGUACUUUUAUAUCCUUGUAUCACAGAGCCCAAAACAGCACAAACACUACUUGAGGUGAGGCUGCAUCUCCAAGAUUUGGGCAUCCACAACUUCUUGGGACAGCUUCAUCACCAUCUGAGUAAAGAAUUUCUUCCUAAUAUCUGAACAAAAUCUUCCUUAUUUUACUUAAAAUUUGUUCCCCUUUGCCCUAGACAAAAGGACAUCCAUGUGCCUUCCAGUCUUAAACCUUCUGUAACUCUGUAAUCUCAGACACUUCAGCAAAAAGCGUGGUGGGAACGUAUGGACUCUCCUUUUUCUUCUGUAAAUAAGCCUUGAGGAACCAGAGCAUUGGUGCAGCCCUGUGUUUUUCUUCCUAUUUUUCUGCAAAAUGUUCACAACAAGGUUGCAUUACUUUCCACUGGCAACAGCCCAGGCCAUGAAUUCCUUUUCCUCCUUUCUGCUUCCUUAUACUCACUGCAGCUUUUGUGGAACCUCUCCACAAUACUCCAUGCACACUUUGUUUUUCCGCUCUUGAAUUCAUGCCUGUGCUUCAGGGACCUCCUCAAGAGAAGGCCUGGUGGCUACCAUACUGAUCUAGGAUUGCAGAGAGUCACACCUGUCUUGUUGGCGAUCUCAAUUCCCAUGCUCCAGGAUUGGGGUGUGCUGAGGAGGAUCUGUUUGAGGGCUCUGAACUUCUCCAUGAGGUCAGGAUGCUGAAAGAUGGAGAGGAAGGAAAGUUCAGAGACUGAAAGCCUGAGGGAGAAAUGUAAUAGGGCCUGGGGGUUUUGUUCAUCUGGGAUGGGGACAUUUAGGCAGAGAGCAGCUUGGAGCCAAGCCCCCCUGACGCCAGCUGUCACAUCAGUCUUACAAAAUCACAACAGAUGGGACAAGCUGAGAUGGGCAGCAGAAGCAAGGAGACCCAGUUUGCUGAUUUCUCACUGGAGCAGUGGGAAAACUAGAUGAGACGAUCCAACCCUCCAUUAACUGGAGAUACCCCAAGGAGCUUGGUCCAGAGGGGAAUCCUCUAAGUCCCACAUCAUGUCCCAUGGGAUGUGCUGGUGGGUGGGAAAUCCCAGGGCAUCUCAGAAGAACAAAAGGGCCUGGUGUAAGUUGAAUGGAGGAGACAAAUCUAGAAACUGCUGCAAAAAUUAGGUGGUUUGGUAUGGAGAUGUAGUCCAAAAGCAGAGGUCACCAGGAGAAGGAAACAGCAAGCAUGUAAAUCAAAGCUAGAUCCUCUCCUGGAAGACACAGAGACACAAAGAGGAACCUUUACCUGGUGUGCCCAAAUUGUGUAGAGGAGGAGAAGAAACCCGUUGUCUCCUGAGGCAACAGGGCUAUGGCUGGAGUUUCCUGGGUUGCCAUGCUCUGCACUGAGCAUCCAGUCACACCCAGGGCAGGGAGGCAGGGUGAAGCAGGAGGUGUUGCCCAAGCUGUGAAAUGCACCCUGCACUGCUUCUGGUGGGGACAGAGUUAAUUUCCUUCCUAGCAGCUGCUGUCAUGCUAGUGUUUGGAUUUAUGAUGAAAACAAUGAAAUGAAAGAACACAGAUGUCAUUGUUGCAGAGCGGUGCUUGCACAGAGCCAAGGACUCUUCAACCUCUGACACUGCAGGAACUGGGUGGGACAGAUGACUCCAAAUGGUUCACAGAGAGAUUCUAUGCUGUAUGACGAGCUCAGCAAUGAAGGAUGUAGGAGGAAGGGAGGAACAUUUAAAAUUGCGGUGUUUGUCUUCCCCAUUAACCAUUAUGCAGGAUGGAGUCCUGGAAAUAACUGAAAAUCUGCCUGCUGAUGAGAAGGAAUGAACUAAUUCCAUAUUGUGCUUUGCUUGCACAUGCAGCUUUGGCUUUACCUGCUAACCUCUAUCUCAACUGACAA